UUUUUUACACAAUUAUAGGUGUACCCUCAAUCCCCGGCUAGAACGAUCUCUAUUUACCAUAUACUAACGAUGACAUUUUACAGGGUUAAAUUGCGUGCUGCUUUGAGCGCGUCAUGUGGUUUGUGUCAGUUUAGUGGGGGGCAGUAGACAUAUUAUUGACCAUCAUAAUGUGGGAUUUUAGACAUUAAUUGUUGUUUUGAGUGUGAAUAACUUCUAUAAACUGUGAAACAUAGGAAGCAGUGUAAUGUUUGAUGCAAAUUGUGAGGUUUGUGUCAGUCUAGUGGGGGGCAGUAGACAUAUUAUUGACCCUCAUAAUGGGGGUUUUUAGACAUUAACUGUUGUUUUGAGUGUGAAUAACUUCUAUAGUCUGUGAAACAUAGGAAGCCGUGUAAUGUUUGAUGGUCUAUUGGGGGGCAGUAGACACAUUAGUGCCACCUAAUAAUGUCUUUCUUAGGAGACAGUCAUCAUCUCUUGUUGAUUAUAAAAUGAUCAUUUUGGUUUUCUUUGUGAUAAAGUGCAAUACACUGUGAAUCCUUGAAACUGGUCCAAGUUUUGAUGGUUUAGUAGGGGGCAGUAGACACAUUACUGCCCCCCCCCCCCAAUACUGUCUUCAUACGGAGUCAGAACCCUUCUCUUAGCUAUUUUAGAAUGAUCAUUUUGGUUUUGUUUUGGUGUAGAAUGGGUAGACCAAAAUUCACCUUGAUGAGUGACUCAGAAGAAUAUGACCGGAGUUCAGAGAGUUCAGAUAACUGUACUGAGACAACAUUUAACCAACCCCUGCAAAAAAAAAUUUGACGAAAUCAGAAAGAGGAAGCGACAAUAGGCAGAACAGAUUUCUAAUGAAGAAUCUGCUGAAGAAGAAUCAGAAUCAGAAGGUGAACAGACAACGAAGAGGUUUGUAAUCAAAACAAGGCAACGACCAAAAAGGAAACCAGUUCAAGAGGAAGAGGAUUCAGAAGAAGAAAAAACAAAGAGGAAGAAAGCCAAGAAGCAAAAGAAAGGGGCAAUGAAAAAAGAGCAGAAAAAAGAGACCCACAAAGCAAAGAUUGAGUGGAAGCAACAGAAGUGCAUGCUCAGUGUAUUCUGGAGAAUGGUCAACGCAAACAAGGAUAGAAUACCAGACAAAACAAAAGAGAUUUUGAGGGGUACAGACUUUGGUGAAAUGAUGGAACCGUUCUGGCAGGACAAGAUAACUAAGAUCCAGCUCCACAAGCAUGAAGCGAACCUGGAGAUACUCAUGGAGCACUUCGACCGCACAGACAACAAGUGGAAGUUUGGGGAUGUUGUUAUGGAAAUAACGGAGGAGGAUGUCACAGCUUUAUUUCACCUUCCGGCUGAAGGAGAAGUGUUCAAUGUGAAUAGGAGGGUGGUAAGGGAAGAGAUGGAAGACUCCCUAAUAUUUGGCAGCCCUUUAAAGAAGCAGGCUGUCCUCAGAACAAAGGUGGAAUUGAAGCUGGUAACUGAGUUGACAAAGCCGGCAAAAGAGAAAGAUGCCAGGAAGAUAGCCGUGCUAAUGAUCACAUAUCUAUUCAGCACAUUCUUCUUCACCCGAACCGGUGCUCAGAUCACAUGGGAUAUGGUCGCCUUAUGUGAACGGAUUGAGAACAUAAACAUGUACAACUGGCCAAGAUUAAUUUUGAACUUCUUGAUGGAAGGGUUACAAAAGUAUAAGAGGAACAAUCCAUCUGUUUUGAAUGAAUGCCUUCUUCUCAUCUAUUACUGGUUCCUUGAGAAGACCAAGGCAAAGACCUGGAUACCUGGAAAGCAGAAUGAAACUCCACGAUUCAUCCGAUGGUCGAUAAAGGAAAUAUUUAGCCUGGAGCAGAUGUACAUGAACAAGAACUUAGCCGUGGAUCUGAUAAAAGUUGGACCAUGGUUUGCGAAAAUUAGACUGGAAGACCUCGAGCUGGGUGAUGAGGUGCAGGACACACCAAGCUUUGACAACUGGGUACCCCAGGCAAGCCAAGCGGAAGAGGAACAAAAUGAAAGGCUGACGGGGAAUAUCAAGGAACUAAUCAGGGAGAUGGAGGCAGCCAUUGGUGAGACAAAGCCCACAAAAGAAAUGGAGGCAAAGCUAGGAAGGCUUGCCAAAGCAAAUGAGGAACUGAAUGCGCAGAACAAAGAUCUAUGGGGCAAGCUGAAAGUUGCCAAUGAGAGGAUUAAAGAGCUGGAAAUUGAAAAGAGGCAAAAAAUAACCUCAUCAGGGCGUUGUACAUCCGGCCUAAAAAGGAGAAGGGAGAGGUCCCCCCACCACAAAGACAACUUGAGAUAGUUCCUUUCAUGUCGAAAGUGGUCCCCCAA